AUGGUCAUCCAAAGUGUGGAUUCGGAGACGGAGUAUCCCCCAAUCUUCGAGGCCGACGCCGAUGAUAUUGCCGAUGAUAUUGCCGGCGACUACUUCGCCCAACAGACCAUAUGGGACAUCAGCAAACUCUCCAACACGACAUACCACGCCGACUACCACCCGCUUCACGAGAUUGAGGACUUCAUGGAGGACCUUGCUAUCACGUAUCCAGGCAUAGUUCAGUUCGACUACAUCGGUCACACAGGAGAAGGGAGGGAGAUGCUUGCUAUGAGGUUAUCUAAGCCUACUUCCCUCAACCUCACUGGCGAAGAUGCUCACGCAUCCAACGUGCGCAAGAUGGGCUUUGUGAUUACUGGAGCGCAACAUGCGCGCGAAUGGAUUGCAACGUCCACUGCACUCUAUCUCGCACACUCGCUCCUUGCUGACUCCGCUGAAGACUUUGCGCUCUCCUCGUGGUUGGAUUACUUCGACUUUUAUAUCAUUCCCGUGCCGAAUCCCGACGGCUACGUCUAUACCUGGGAAAAUGAUCGUCUCUGGUACAAGAAUAGACAGAACAUCGGCCCUGCUGAAAAGUGCACUGGCAUUGACAUGAACAGGAACUGGGGCUACAAGUGGAAGGCGAAAUCGCGUCUGCCGUCCAUUUCCAACGCUACGGACGAGUUUGCCCUCUCCCGGCCUGGUAAGGGCGUGGACGCGGACCCAUGUUCCACAUGGUAUCCCGGCCACCGCCCGUUCGAGGCCCCCGAAGUUAACAAUAUUGCCAACUACAUCCAGACACUCCCCAACCUCAGCGCGUUCAUUGAUUUGCGCAGCUAUGGCCAAAUGCUGUCUAUCCCGUUCUCACACAGCUGCAAGAAGACGCCGAAAGAUGCGGAGGACCAGCUCGAGGCUGCGCUCCGCGCGGUUAACGCGAUAAAGCAAGCUCACGGGACCAUGUUCACUAUCGGAAGCCUGUGCGAACAGCUGUACAGAGCAUCGGGCAACGUCGUGGACUACAUGUACAAGAAGGCGGGCAUCAAGUACGCGUACUCUGUCCACUUGCGCGAUACCGGGACGUACGGUUUCAAUCUCCCGGCGGAGUGGAUCAGGCCAGUCGGUGAAGAGACUGCCGCUAUGAUCAACUCCAUUAUGGGCUUCAUCACGAAGAUCAAACGUACGCCACCCCUUUCCUAG